AUGCACUUCGAGAUCACAGAAAAGUUCAGAGUCUUCACUGAUAUAAAGAUGGGUUUGACACGCCCACACCUGCCUGCUGAAGACUCUGAUCUGACCCCCAGAGUCCCGUCUUCAGCCAUCGAGUCCCUUUCAGAUUACUAUGCUCACCUGCAUGUUAAUCCUUCUUCAUGGUGCACACAGAGGAACCGCAGCGAGACUCAGUCAGAACCCGCAGGAUUCGCUCCGCAGCACCAGGACCAACCCGGACCUUCAGGACCGCCUCGAACGUUUGUCAGGAUGUGGCUGCUUCUGAUGAUCGUCCUGCUGGAUCAGAACCAGGCUGCUCCUCUGCCAGGAGAACUCCACAGCCUUCAGCUCCUUCAAAACCAAAUGGACCAAACAGCACCGUCCCCCCCUCCUGAUCCCCCUCAUAUAUUAACUUCCUCCUCCUCCUCCUCUUCAUCAUCAGUUUCCUCAGAGUCAAGCCAAAGUUCAGAGGGUGCUCAAAUGCUGAGAGAACGGCUGAACCUGGAAAACACGGCUGUGGAGCAGGUGGACUCCUCUCAGGAGAGUGUGGAGCUCCUUCAGCCUCCCAGUUACACCAACAGCACCACCAGCACCAACCUGUGGUUCAAUGAACUGGUUUUACUGGGAGAGAGAGUGGGUGAGCAAGAUGGGGAUGGAGAGAGAGACACCGGAGACAACAGCGUGGAGAGCGAGCACAGGCCUCUGCUGAUGACCUUUCACCACCUCCUGACGCGACCUCGGCACAGAGAAACCAAUCAUAUCUCUGAAGCAGCCACAGAGGGAGAUGGUGGCGUGGGCGGAGCCAGAGAGGAAACAUUUGAGCUUCCACGACUGUCGGACGACAGCACAGAGGCAGAACACGGGCUGACCUUUGACGAACCCGACCAAGGCUUCCAUGGAGAUGAGGCAGGGCUGGGGCUGUAACAAAGGCCCCGCCCCCUGUACUAUUAAUACAAUCGGUUAUUAAUGAAUGAUGCAAUUAUUAACUACUGAAGCUUUAAUCAAUCAUAAAGAACAUGUAGCUAAUUGUGUAUGUUAAAGUUUAUAUGCAUGUUUGAUUUAGCAAAGUACAAAAUUAAGCGCAUUUUAACAGUGCCAUCAAGUGGCCAUUUAUCACUUUAUAGUGAACAUGUAUUUCGAUAGUUCCUGAAGCUUUAAAGCUAAGUUACAGGAAGUGUCACGAUGAAGGGCUGAAGUUUUAAUGAACACCAAAUCAUCAACAGAGGCCUGAACACAGUGUUAAUUUUGACAGCAAAUUUUGAUUUAGUCAGUCUUUUGACUAAAAUGUAAUUUAGUUUUAGUCAUAAUUUAGUCAUCUGAAUAGUUUUAGUUUAGUUUUA